GUGUCUCUUUCUGGGGCUGCAACAUAAUUUGCUCUCUUUGCAGGUAAAAGAGUUUGGUGCUGUGAUAUACAACUGCAGCUGCUUGGCCAAAGACCUCUGGAAAACAUUUAGUACUUACUGGGAUCUUGGACAUGCUAAUGCUACCAUCCCAUUCCCUUGGCCUCUUAAUUAUUCUACCUACAUUAACAAGCAUCGGCCUCUGGAAGCAGAAUUCAAUGGAAUUUUGACAAAAGCCUAUUUUUCUGCUUCUCCUCCAGCAUUUUGUCCAGAAGGUCGCACUCAUGACCUCUUUGCUAUAAUUAGUAUUAUCAGUGAGGCACAGAAAUUUGUCUAUGUUUCUGUUAUGGAAUAUUUCCCUACCAGUCGUUUCAUUCGUCCAGAAAGAUACUGGCCAGCCAUUGACAAUGCUCUAAGACGUGCAGCUUUCAACUACCAAGUACGAAUCCGGCUUCUGGUCAGCUGCUGGACUCACUCUGACCCAGCCAUGCUCUACUAUCUGAGGUCCCUGCGUGCUCUCAACAACCCACAUGCUCACAUCAGUGUUGACGUGAAACUCUUCAUUGUUCCAGUUCUGAAUCACACAAAUAUUCCUUAUGGGAGAAUGAAUCACAACAAAUAUAUGGUCACUGAUAAAGUAGCCUAUAUUGGGACUUCCAAUUGGUCAGAAGAUUACUUCAUUAAUACAGCUGGCGUGGGACUAAUUAUCAAACAGAAUUUGACCAACCUGCAAAGAAGGCAACUGCCUAUCCAGGAACAAUUAAAAAAUCUUUUUGAGCGAGAUUGGAAUUCCAAAUACGCAGUGAAUCUGGACGAUGUGCAGGGACAGAAAGACUGUAACUGGAGAGGCAGACUCUGAAGUGAAUUGAAAUAUAUAUUUAAAAUAGAAACAAAAAAAUAUUUUUGAAUCUUGUUCCUUGUGCAAAACAAGGAGCUUUCUUCUUUAUGUCUUUGUCAGAGAAAUCGCUUCCUUGUGGUGUCCACAUUGUUUGAUGAUGCAAGAACUUCUCAUAGUUGACUCUACCUGCAAAACCAUUAGUCAGUGUGUGACAUUUCCUUUUUUGUGUGAUUACUUCAUUCCAGAGUUAAUGAAAUGCAUACAGUAUUAUAUGACAA